UGCCUCACCGCUGCACGCAAAAACACAGCUUGCAGCGCCUGAUCCGGACCCAAAAAUCCCAGCAUAUUUGAGAUUUAUUCAUUUUUGCUGCUUCUCGCCAAAGGGGGGGGUACUAUGGUCAUGCUGAAGAUCUCUGCGUUCCUCAUCACAUAUGCCCUGGUCGUCUGCCAGAUGUACUGCUCGCAAGCUGCCCCCGCCAGACCGGCGUUGGAGUCCAUGUCGGAGAGGGUGACGCUGACGGACUACGAGGCGCGGCGGCUACUCAACGCCAUCGUCAAGGAGUUUGUGCAGAUGACGGCCGAGGAGCUGGAGCAGCAGCAGCAGCAGGCGGCUGAGGGCAACAGCAUGGCCCGGCCUCUAACCAAGCGCUGCUCCAACCUCAGCACCUGCGUACUGGGCAAACUCUCUCAGGAGCUGCACAAGUUGCAGACGUUCCCGCGCACCAACGUGGGAGCGGGAACGCCCGGCAAGAAGCGCGGCGCUCCCGAUGGCGAGCGCUACGCCAGCUACGGCGAGACGUUUGACGCCGUCUAACCACCCCCCCGCCCUUUUACGCCGUCAUCCUCCCCCCUUGCUAUGUCAUUACCUCCCGGUCGUCCUCAUUGGCCAGAGCAUGUUGGCGCGACUUGCCUGACUGACGUGAAGAGAAAAGAAACAGGCGUCCAUUUUGAGUCUUUGACGAUAGGGCUGGGCGAAUUGAUGCGAAUUGAGAUUAGUUUGAAAAGAAGAUUAAUCAUUAUUAUUAUUUUUUUUUAGCUUCUGUUGUCAACAGAUUUAAAGUCACAUUUUAUCCGUGGCAAACUGCGCAUUUGGUACCAAGACCACGAAUAACCUUCGAUACAGAAAUGCAAUAUAACAGCAGGCAACUGUGCCAAGUACAUCAUCCGGAAGAGUUCAGAAUCAAUAUUUAUCUAAUCACAUGGCAAUAACAUAAAACUGACAAACUUGAUAAGAAUAAUUUUCUCGAGGAGGAAAUAAACUUAAAUCAAAAAUCGCAUUAUGGGGGGGGGGGGAUUUAUUUUAAGGCCAUGUCGCCCAGCCCUAGGUCAGACAAUCAGAUGUUCUUUACUGUUCACCACCAGAGACACCCCAUGCACACACACACACACCUACUUUAAUCAGCAGGUGCCGCCAUGUUCCUUGUUCAAUAAACAUAUUUUUCUACCAGAAAGCCUUAGCUGACUUUCAUUUAGUGCGGUAAACUUUGACCCCGACAAACAAAUGCUCAUUUACUGUAAACGAAUGCCUGAAAUGAAAGAAAGAAAGACAGAAAGGGAUAUUUGAUGGGAUGGAAGGCCCAGCAUGCUAUACUAAGGUAAGAAAUUCAAAACAAGACUACAAAAAAAAAAAAAAAAAGGACACACAAACAUCUAUUUUUAGUAUAA